AUGUGCUCCCGCCAGGACAAGGACCAGUGCCACCAGCAGGAACGUUCCUGCUGCCACAGCGGUGGAUCCGGUUGCCACGGGAGCAGUGGAUCUGGUUGCCAUGGGAGCAGUGGUGGAUCCGGUUGCCACGGGAGCAGUGGUGGAUCCGGUUGCCAAAGGAGCAGCGGAUCUGGUUGCCAUGGGAGCAGUGGUGGAUCCGGUUGUCAUGGUAGCAGUGGUGGGUCUGGCUGCCGUGGAAGCAGUGGCGGAUCUGGUUGCCAUGGAAGCAGUGGCGGAUCUGGUUGCCAUGGCAGCAGCGGAUCUGGUUGCCAUGGCAGCAGCGGAUCUGGUUGCCAUGGGAGCAGUGGGGGAUCCUGCCAUGGGAGGCCACAGGAGUGCCAGCAGCAAAUCUACCAAGUGUCCUCAAACAUGAAGUGA